UAUAUUAAUGUGAGAGAAAGCUAAAAAAAUAAAUGUAAUUUCUUUUAUGGGAUAAACUAAAAAAGAAAGUGUGAUAUCUAUUAGGGGUUGAAGGAAGUACUAUUUAUGCGCGAAACUACGAGAUAAAGGAAGUAACAUUUACGUGCGAAACUGAAAAAUUAAGUCCGCAAUAUACUCUUUUCCAAUUUUUAUCUUUUUUUUUAAAAAAAGGUGGUGGCAGGGAUAAUAUGAGAAGAGACGUGGGACCUCUGCAUGCAUGGUGACACGUGGGAUGAUACCCGCCUUUUCCUUCUCAACACUUAUUUGGCGGGGACAUUUAUCCCAACCUCAUUUCAGGCCCUUUUUCGUCAUUUCGCUUCUCCAAUUAGGGUUCGAUUUUUCUCGGUACCCGUGCCUCUCUCUCUUCUUUCUCUCUCUAUGAUCCCUCUGCUCAGUUCGCCAUUUUCCCCCCUUUUGCCUGCCUGCCUGCCUGCUUUUUUCUGGGUUUUCUCCGUCUCUCUUUCUCCCAGAAUUAAACUACUUCUCCUCGUGAUUAACAAGAUCAUGUGACCAUUCUCUGCGAAACUCUGCUUCCAACAUUCAUUCAUCUUUAGUCGCGAAACAAUCUUUUUCCUUUCCCGCUUUGUAAGAGUAAACAGCGAUCACAAAAAGGAAGCCAUGGAAUCUAGCCAAAAGGAAGAGGGUUUGUCGACGAUCGGAGCGGAGAUCGAGAAAUACUGCUCCGACUGCAGAACCACCACCACGCCGCUGUGGAGGAGCGGCCCUUCAGGCCCUAAGUCUCUGUGUAAUGCUUGCGGGAUCAGACACAGAAAGAAGCGGGCGGUGGCGGUGGCAAAGAACGAUGUGAAGAAGGGGAAAAUAGGGAAAACGAGGAACUUAAUGCCUCUGGGGAAGGAAGUAGAGGUGGCGGAGGGGCGGAGGUCGACGGCGCCGGCGAAGAGGCUGAGGAGGCCGAAAGAGUGGGGUGAAGUUGAGAGGGCUGCCCUGCUUUUGAUGGCUCUGUCUUGUGGUGCUGUCUUUGCCUAGAUUGGUGUGAGAAAAGAGUAGCUAUUUUGUUCAUGGUUUUACAAGGGUUGUAGAUUGAAGAAGAAAAGGGGCUAGGAACUUGGGACUUAGGAGUUGGUGGUUUCAUUUUCCUUUGUUUUGUUGGGCUUGGGGUGUUUAGAAUUGAAAAAAAAGCAAGUGUAAAUAUCGUAUGGAAAUCAUCAAUGAAGUGCUCUUCUUUUCAAGUCUUUAUUCUAAGCAUUAAAUAAAUUAUUUCCCAUAGUUGAGUAGCUAAGCUAGAUCGUGCCUACUUUUUGACCUUGUUCAAGGUUGACUAGUGAGGGAUUGGUUUAAGUGAUAAGUCAUUUGUUUAUAAAGUUA